AUGGUGAAUAGCAUUGUUGAAAAUCUAUCGCAUAAUUUAGUGGCUGAAUCAAUAAAAGUUACAUCAUAUGGAUUAGCCAGUUAUAAUGAUCGUGAGAUGUACAAGUCCCAUUUCGAACGUGCCGUAAAUCCAACCAAUCUAGCUAUGCUCAUCAACUCAUAUAUACAUCGAACCGACUUGCAUAUUGCUCGAACGCCAUCUGGCACUCCACAAUCGUCAAAAACAUUGAAGAUGCCGGUUAUUAAUAUAACUGGAUCUUUAUCGCCACAUUCCGAUGACACCGUUACUUUCAAUGGACGCCUAGAUCCAACGAACUCUUCAUGGAUGAAGAUAUCUGACUGUGCAAUGGUGUUGGAAGAACAACCGGCUAAAUUAGCCGAAGCAUUUCGUUUAUUUUUACAAGGGGAAGGUUAUGGUAUGGAUGCCGCCACAGCUCAUCAAACAUUCAUUGGCUUACAACGUGCGCGCGACCAAACUCAACCCAACAACAAUAGUUUAAACAACAUCAACAAUAACAACAAUAUUAACAAUAACAGCAACAGCAACAUGGUUUCUAAUGUGCAUCGAAAAAUCGCUUCAGUAGACAACAGCGACGACUACGAAGACAGCGACAUCGAACUUAACGGGAAUGUGAUUUUGCCCAAGGAAUCGCGCAUAAAAUUCCGAAUCACGGAAAAUCCCAUGAACGUAGUAUGAAUGCUGCCCGAAACUCGAUGAGUCAUUCAAAUAAUAUAACUAAUAAUUAUUUUAAAAGCGCUUCAUUUAGCACCUCAACGAUGCCGACACAUUGUUGGAGUAAGAUUACAGUAAUUGAAUACCGCUCUCUGUUCAAAUUUCCCAUCAUUACUAUGAUGCUAUAAACAUCAGUCGUUCUGUCGAAUGAUACAGUCCUGGGAGAAAGACGAAACAGAAAAGAGAUUUUUUUAAAACGCAACAUUUCCAUUUAACGCGAACGUAACAUGAGUUUCGGUGAUACGAUUUGGCGUAGCGCUAAUUCAUGUUGCGUUUUUAAGAAACCUAUCUGCAAUCCCAGUUUUAUUUUUAUCGACACACUUUAUUAUGUGGUAGGAAAUUCGAACAUAGUGCGAUAAAUUAUGAAAAAUUAUCAACCUGAUAUCUGCUCACGAUCUCGGGUUGAGUUUUGUGAACCUCUUUAUGCAAUUUAAUGUAUUCUUUGGAUAAAUAGAGGCUUUCUUGAAUUUGGAUUUGUACUUGGUGUAUCUGGAUGGCGUGCAAAGAGAAACUCAAGGUCAGAGUCAACAUGAAAAAAAUGUAGGGACCACCACUCUUGGCUUCAAAGUGGUCACAAUUCAGGCAAUUGUCAUCAUAGAUAUUGGCUUCUUUGAAUGGUAUUUAUUCAAAAAAUACAUUUAUAUUUGGUCAAGUAUGGCGUCGACUGCAAACAUCCAAGAAAUCUGGAAAAUUGUCGAAAACCGUAAUUUUUUCUCGAACACUACAGUAUCUCCAAGAAAUCCAUCAAAAUUUUAAUUCGACCUGCAACGAUUAAAUCUCUUAAAUAUUUGCACGCAAUUUGGUCACACCCUGUAGGAAACCCAGCGAGCAAACAUUCACAAAACAGUAUGCAAUAUACUGUUAAAAUUCUGGUUUUCUAGCAAAUUUCAAUAAAUGGGAAAAAAUCAUUUACACUGUAAACAAAAUUGUCUGAAAAAUGUUAUUACUUUUAUUAAAAGUUUGAACUUUUCACAUUUUGAAGUUUUCAAUCUGAUUAAUUUUUAUUAGAAUCGACCAUUUUUCAAAUACUGUUGUUCAAUGAAAAAAAAGACAAAUAAACAUAUCUGGCGAGAGUAAAAUAUUUUUUCGAAGAAAAUGUUGGAACGACAAGUGUUUUAUAAGGGAUUUGUGAUGAACGCAUGACUUAAAUCACUUCCUUGAUGCUAUAAUAAAUAUUUUAAAUUAUCGAGAACUACAUUCACCCUACGAUGUAGAUGCUUUUCCAUUAUUUGAAACUAUUACAAGUGAGUCGCGAUUGUUUCAACGCCCGGUAACGGAAGUCUCUGCAGUAAAGAAAGCCAAAAUAUUCUAUGCAUCAAAACCAUCAUAAAUUUCGAGUUUGGAAGGCCCGUUAUAUUCGAAAUGAUUUUUAAUUUAUACUGUUUCAAACAUCAUGUUAGAAUAAUUCGGAAAAUGAAUAGCGAAGAGACAAUGAAAAAAUGCAUCAUAUGAAAUCAGUUGAUACUACUUUCACUUUUGUUUCGAUAUUGGAAACUUUUUAGUGAUAAAACUUACGCUUGAGUCAAAAUCAAACACAAUUUGAAACAAUCGCGACGCAUAUAUUUAUUAUGCCGGAUAUUCACAGAAUACAACGACCGUCCGUUGCCGUACAGUUUUAUCAGUAUUUUUUCGGAGCAAUUUGUUCCUUUAAAAUACGAAUAUUUCAUCCACUCGAUAAACUGUAAAUGCAAUUCGGUGAUAAUACGAACAAAAACGAUGUGACCUAAAUUGAGAUUUUUUUCUUAGAAAAAGCCUAGCGAUUUUUGACAAUUUAACGUAGCGAGAUGUUCUGAAAAUGUGGAAUUCGCAUAUAUAUCCUUCAGAAAUAGGAGAUCAUUUUAGACACAAUGUUGUCGGGACUCUUGGAUUUUUCUGGGAAAACCCAUAAAAUAAUUUUUCCCAGAAAAAACCAAAAUACCCAACAACUUUUGUUAUAUAAACGGACACCCAAUUCUCGAUACAUUAUUGUAAAGAAACGCAAUUUUAUUCCCAAAUCAAUUGCGUCUUACAAAGUUGUGCAAUCUUUUAACGCUUUUGGACCAACAUUUUCAAAACUUUCAAACAUUCUUUGUUUUCCCAUUUUGUAACAUUUAUGCGCGAAAGCAAAAUGCUAAUCAUAAUAUUUGCAAUGAAGUAAAACGAUAUCGAUCGUUGUCAUUGUUGGAUGAAGGGAAACUGAUUAGACUCAAAUUGCAAUGAACUUGCGAUCACGGGUUAUUAUUAUGUAGAUUGUUGGUGCAUGAAACUGGCUUUAAAUGAUGAAAUGUAUCGAAAUGACGUAAUCAUUUUGCGCAAAUAUGGAAAUCAUAGAAAAAUGUGUGAAAAAAAACAUACCUUAAAUGAAAAGUUUAAAAAUAAUAAUAAGGAAAAUGAAGCAGUAAAUAAUUAUAAAUGUAUACCCGUAUUACGAAUAAAAUCGUCGAUUGGUACUAUUCAAUAUCUAACCAUUGUAUGAUAACAAAUUGAAAUUUUUAAGUUAAUCCGUUUGUGCUUGAAAUGCAAAAUAAAAAACCAAAACUUUAAGGGAAACAUUUAACAGAGUUGUAAUGAAAAAAAAAAUUAGCAGAGCUUUGAAACACAAAAUACCGAGCGUCGAAAUAAAAACCAUAACAUAUUAUGCAUGGAUAAUUGUUUAAAUUGAAUUAAAUUUAUAUAUGUUAAAAGUUGUAAAAAGUUAUGAGCUAACUUCGUGCCUAAUGUUUUAAAUUCUAUCUAACUCGUGCAUCUUGAGCCAAAACUUAUAUUGGUUAGAACAAUUUUUCUUCUUCAUCUUAAUUUUCUUUUUUGGUUUCAAACAGUUUCGAUACGAAAAUGAUUUCGAUCUUUGUUUUUGCCAUUCAUUUACGUGGUGUACUUGCAGUGAAAUCAAAUUUUAAAUUGACAUACCAUUUAUGCAGCAAAUCUUCUGAAUUAAAUUGAAGAAAACAAUAUUGUCCGAACUGUAACACUAUUUGAAGUUGCUUUUUAUUGAUAUUUUUAUACAAACAAACAAACAAAAACGGUGUAAUUGUAAACGGAAACGAAACAAUCGUUUCGUUUCGUCUGCAAAGGCGAAAGAGUUGAAGAAAUCUUGAAAAAGUCAAACUCUAUUUUAGUAACGGAUAAUGGGAAAUUGAGUAGCGCACAUGUGCAAUGUUCAAAUUGUACAAUUUGCAAGAUGAUAAAAAAAAACGAUACAAUAUAAAACCAAUGCUGAUUUAACGUCAUUUUUAAUAAAUAUUUAAAUAGAUAAUAAUAUCAAUAAAAAAUCAAUAAAUGCUUACGACACUCAAUAGACAUGUUGAUGGCUAAUUUUAGAGAUUAUAAAUAAAUAAAUCUGUCAUGUUAUUGAUGAAA